AUUAUCGUAUUCUUGUGUCACUAGUUAUCAAGUACUUCAUGUGUUCAAGAUCACAUCACAAUUCAAGUAGUCCGUGUCGCGAGGCCGACGGAUCAACUGGAUAAUGUUUAAGAUCCUCGUAGAGUUGGCCCUUGUUGGGGCGAUAGCCUCAGUCUUCAUAGUUGCAGCUCAAGGCCGCGCAGCUGAGCGAGCAGCUGAAGAGGCGUCGGGAAGAGAGUAUAUGCGAAACUUGGAUGAGCUGAUGUCUAAAGCUAAGAACAAAGCAACGAUUGCUGCCUGGGAUUACCAGUCAAAUAUCACCACUUAUAAUGAAGAAAGAAUGCUACAAGUCUCUCUUGAAAUAGCAGAAGAAGAGAAAGAGUAUUGGAAAGAAACAAUGACGUAUUUGUGGCGUGAAUUUGAAGACCCUGACCUAAAGCGAAUGUUCGAGAAAUAUUCAAUUUUAGGCACAGCUGCUUUACCAGAGGACUUAAAUGAAAGGUUGAUCCAGGCUAUCAGUAAUAUGCAAUCUACGUACGCCAAGGCAACAAUUUGUGACUAUAAGGAUCCUAAAAAAUGUGAUUUGUAUGUAGAACCAGAGAUAACAAACACGUUUGCUCAAAGUGACGAUCCAGAAGAACUGAAAUAUACCUGGUUAGAAUGGCACAAGGCAGCAGGUGCUGCUUCUAAAAAUAACUUCACAGAAUAUGUCAAUAUGUACAAUGAAGCUGCUAAGUUGAACGGUUUCGAGAGUGUAGCUGAGUGGUGGUUAAGCACUUAUGAAGAACCAGAUAGUGAAGAACAGUUUGCCGAUCUCUGGGACCAAGUUAAGCCUUUAUAUCAGCAGAUACAUGCAUAUGUCAGACGCCACUUAAGACUCAAAUAUGGCGAAGACGUAGUAUCAGCAAAAGGGCCGAUACCUGCUCAUUUAUUAGGAAAUAUUUGGGCGCAAACUUGGAACAACGUUGAGAAGUUCACGAGGCCGUAUCCUGAAAAACCUGACGUAGAUGUUACAGCGGCUCUCGUCAGUCAGAAUUACACAGCUCUAAAAAUCUUUAAAACAGCUGAAGAGUUUUUCAAAUCAUUAAAUUUGAGCGGUAUGCCAGAUAUUUUCUGGGAAAGGUCAAUUAUUGAAAAACCCGACGAUGGUCGGGAUAUGGUAUGUCAUGCGUCAGCGUGGGAUUUCUUUGAUGGGGAAGAUUUUAGGAUUAAGCAAUGCACAACGAUCACAAACGCUUUUUUCAAGACAACUCACCAUGAAAUGGGUCACAUACAAUACUAUCUGCAAUACAAGGACUUGCCCGUAAUAUACAGAGCAGGAGCUAAUCCAGGUUUCCAUGAAGCAGUCGGUGACGUUAUCGCUCUAUCAGUAUCAACUCCAAAACAUUUGCGUGUCAUGGGCUUACUCGAAGACGGACCAGAUGAUUUAGAAUCUAACAUAAACCAACUAUAUAAGAUGGGCUUGGAUAAAAUUGUUUUCCUGCCUUUCGCAUACCUCCUAGACUUGUUCCGUUAUGGUGUGUUCCGUGGUACGACCACUGUGAACGAUUACAAUUGUCACUUCUGGCAGCUGAGGGAAACUCUGCAAGGGGUUGAACCACCAGCGACUAGGACUGAGGAUGACUUUGAUGCUGCUGCUAAAUACCAUGUCUCUGCUGAUGUUGAAUAUAUGAGAUACUAUAUCUCAUACAUAAUUCAGUUCCAAUUCCAUCGAUCGUUGUGUCAGUUAGCUGGUGAGUACGUACCAGGUGAUUCGAGCAAAUUGUUGUCUAACUGUGACAUUUAUAGGAGCACCGAAGCCGGUAAUGCUUUAGGUAAGAUGUUGCAACUCGGCUCUUCGAAACCGUGGCCAGAUGCGAUGGAAGCUAUUACAGGUCAGCGUAAGAUGGAUGCUAGUGGAGUACUAGAGUAUUUUGAACCACUAUACGAGUGGCUGAAGACAGAAAACGAACGUAGCGGAGAAUAUAUUGGCUGGGAACCCAGUACCGUCCAAUACUGUACAGAAGCACAGAGAAAUAUCAUGAAGAACUCGGAGUUCAGCAAGAGACUAGUCAAGUACGGCCGCGCUUAAACUAUAAGCUAAUAAAUUAUAUUUAUUGUUGAA